AUGGCGAUGCGCCAAAAUGGCAGACCCGCUAAACGACUGAAAGAAGGAUCGAAUUCAACUUCGGACCUGGCAGAAGACAACCAAUAUCGUAUAGGGUCCAUUAGGCAGGUUGAUCUAUACCAAUUCCAGGUCUGUGAUGAAGCUACAUACACUUUUGGCCCUCAUCUGAACCUCAUCGUAUCACCAAAUGGCACAGGCAAAAGCACAGCUGUUAUUGGCAUUUUUGUGGUAUUUCUAGGAGACACAAAAGUUAUCAACAGGAGCAAUUUACGCGACUUCAUAAAGCUUGGUACCCAAAACGCAUCUGUAACAGUUCAUGUGCAAGGGGAAGCACCUGGGGCCAUCCACAAGGUCCGCUUGGAUCUACAAGAUCGAGGAAACUCGCGGACUUCAGCGGAUCGGUAUAUUGAUGGUAGACCAGCAAGCGAUCAAGAAAUACAAGAAUUCGUUGAUAAGUUCAAUAUCCACGUCAAUAACCUGUGCGUUUUUCUCCUCCAAGACCGAGUUAGUGCGUUCAGUGCUCAGUCUCCGCAGGAGCUCCUUGUGGCAACUGAGGUAUCUGUGGGAACAACAAGACUUUGGGAACUUCACAAGGCUUUGGUCUCUGCUGGAAGAGACAAUUCUAAGCACGUCGAACAAAAAGCUGCUUUGGACGCACGAAUUCAGCGAUGCAACGAGGAAAUCGCUAAACACACUGAGAUCCUAGAAAAAAUCAAGGAACUACGAACUUACCAAGAUCGCGUCAAAGAGCUUGAAAAAAAGCUAAUUAUCUCUCAAAACCUUGGAGCAGAAGAGAAAAUGGAGCGUAUCAGGGCUCAGAUCACUGAGCUUGAGACAGAAAUCUCCAACAUUGAUGCUAUCCACGCACCCACCUUGGGAUUUCAUCAAACCAAUCUUGAACAUUCAUUAGGGACACUUGAAGAAGAGAACCAAAAAGCACGACAAGUGGUCAGAGGAUUGAGACACGCGUUUGACGAAAUACAAAUUCAAAGAAGAAAAGUCAAAGAAACUUUUGCUCAUUUCAAAAGUGAGCGAGCAGAGGUUGCGAGCUGUCAAAACCAAAUCAAAGAUAUUGUGCGGCGACAAAAAGAAAGCGCUGAAUUGAUUGAUGAGUACAAAAAGAAAGUGAAAAGCCCUGAAGAGAUUGAAUCUCUCAGAACACUAGGUAGACAACUGAAAGAAAAAUAUGAGAAAGCUCAGAACUACCGAAAUACCUUUCAGCGGCAACUACGAGGUUUUGACGAUCAACUUUUGUCUAGUUCACGCGAGGCCACAGCUUUGAAACAGAAGAUUGCAUCCAUUGAAAGUUACCCAGCCAAGCAAUUAGAGUGGCUCGAUCGCGAAGUUUUGAGUAGAGCUGAAAAGCGGGUAUUUUCCGGACUGAAAGCAUCUGUAGAGCUGGUACGAAAGCAUUCUGCGGAUUUCAAAGAAAGAGUCUAUGAACCAGCGGUUCUCAGUUUGUCUAUCAGCAACGAAAGGGCCCUUCGCUUGAUAUCCACGGCGAUGAACACCGGUGUUUUGAUGCGCUUCAUAUGCACCAACCAUGACGACUUUCGCACAUUUACUCAAUUAAUGACGACCCACAACUUAGAUGGCACAGCUAUCUUUGUUGAAAACCUGAAACCAAAGAGUGCCUACUCUUCAGCUUUCGACUACAAGCAGCAUGGGUUUGAUGGCGUAAUAACGGAUUUUUUUGAUGGUCCUUGGCCGGUCCUGGAGUCACUUUUCUCUGUAGGCUUACAUGAAGUGCCGUAUUCGCUCGGUCAAGUCACGGUAGGCGCUCGAGAUUGGUUUUUCAGUCAGGGUGGAAAAUCUUUUGUUGAUUCACUUGGCCUUACUAGGCAGCGCCUGUCUCGUUACGGUCGUCAUGAAGCUAUUACAUCUAUGGAAAGUUUGAAACCACCAAAUGCUCAAGUCAGGUUUAUGCAAAAACAUAACCAACCUGAAAGCACCCGUAAUGAUGAGCAUGCCAGCUUCACACAGCGCCUCCGAGAACUUGACAGCUCCGUCAAUGAGAUCCAAGGUCAAAGAUCUGAUGCUUUGGCUAGAUACGAGGAAGUGAAGCCUGAUUUGUUAAGACAACAACAGGAGUAUGAAGAGUUCGAUAAAGAAUACAAGGCCGUGUCGAGAGCCGUUGGUAUCCUUGAUACAGAGGCUCGGAAACUGAAGUCGUUGCAGGAUCGGGAAAAAAGUAUUGAAAACCUCAAGAGUGAGCAUAAAGAAAGAAUUGGCCGAAUUCUAUCGAAGUUAGCACAGGAAAGUGCUAUUAUGAGCUCACACUACGGUCUCAGGUGCAAAUUUGAAGAUGCAUAUAAGUUUUUGAGUUCGUCUGUUGGUGCAGACCUGCAGAAAAUUACUGCUCAAGAUUGUAUCAAGACCAUUCAACUGGCAUGUGAGUCUCUGAAAGUUGAAAAGAUUGAACAAAAGCGUCGGCUGGAAGUUUCACGACGCGAAAUAGAAAGUUCGAGGGGUGCACUGGCCCUCAAAGCAGCGGAACUUAAAAAAGAACUAGGCCGCGGAUAUGCAAAGCUUGUUGCGGAGUGUAAAAAGACUACUACGGAACAGAUCAGAAACGAUAUUGCUGAACUCAAAGCUGAUGUCUCUCUUAGGGAUCAGGGACAGAGCUACGAGCGCAGUGAACUCAUGCUGGGUGAGGCCCGGAGCUUACUUGUUGACCUGAACCGAGAACUUGAGCAAAUCACGGCCGAAAGCCAGGACAGUGAGGCUUUGACGAAUCGUCUGCGGGGCGAAUACGAACCUCAGAUCACCAACAAAAUCGAUCAAAUAUCUGCCAAGUUCAGCGAGCUUUUCAUGUCCCUGACAGGAUGUCCUGGUCAGGUCAAGCUUGAGAGGGCACCAGACUUUCAAAACUGGGGAGUGCAUAUAGAAGUCAGUUUCCGAGAAGGACAGGGCCCGACUAAUCUUUCCAGAGAGCGUCAAUCUGGUGGCGAGCGCGCUUUGACUACCGCUGUAUACCUCAUGUCGUUGCAGGAGCUUAGUCGCACCCCGUUCUGCGUCAUUGAUGAAUUGAAUCAAGGAAUGGAUGCAAUAAAUGAGCGUCGGUUCCACAACCUACUUGUGAGGCUUGCAUCCCGUGACAUUUGCCAGGAUCAGUACAUCAUGAUCACGCCCAAACUUCUGCUUGGUCUUGAUUAUACUGAUCGCGUCCACAUCAUCAGCAGUUUUAGCUCUAAAACUGUCGAUCUUGAAAACAAAUUAUCCGUUCCGGCUAUAAUCUCGCAUUUUGAAUAA